GCUCUGGAUAGAAGAACCUUUGUUCGUGAUAUUAUGCCUGAUGAAACUAUUUUUUCAGUUAAACAAAAAAUACAAUAUGAGGAAAGUACACUUGAUCCCGAUAAACAAGAACUUGUUUUUAAAAGCAUACAAUUAGAAGAUCACAGAAUUUUAUCUUACUACAAAAUCCAACCAGAAUCAAUUUUGAAUUUGACACUUACAAUGAGAUGUUUCAUGAACGAAAUUAUUAUUGAAA